AUGAGUAGAGACAACGAGGCCUUUAAGAAGAUUGAGGAUAAGCUGAAGGAGUUGAAGUUCAGUGUUAACGAGGAUGUUGUCCAGAGCAUUUAUGAGAUGGCGUCGAAAGAAGAUGGUGAAGGCGAUCCAGGCAAGCUUAUCGAAAUGCUAGUAGAAGAUGGGACACUGAUGAGACUGCAGUUGAAUUCGAAAGAAAGUGACAAGAAAAGGCUCAAUGAGGAGUGGCGAGCUUCUCGUAGAAGUGGGGUCUACUCUGAGAGGGUUACUCCGGAAACAUUCCAACUGCGCUAUUAUCCAAAGAAUGAAGAGACAAUGAAGUUUCUUAGUGACAUUCUUGUUGGAGACAUUCCGUUUGGAUUUCUGAAUCCCGAUCAAAAGAUAAGGCUUAUUGAAUCGAUGGAGCUUAUUGAGAUCAAGUGUGGAACAUUUGUAAUGCAUGAAGAGGAUGUGGGGUCGCAGAUGUACAUUGUGGAGAGCGGGGAGUUUGAGGUUACAAGGGGAGGUUGUUUUCUUAGAAAGUUAUCCCGAGGAAGCUUUUUUGGGGAGAUAGCCCUCCUCCACAACAUCCCAAGAACAGCUACUGUCAAGGCAAUUAGUGAUGGAAAGGUAUGGGUUGUGGAGCAGACGUCGUUUUCGGGAAUAAGGAUGAAUGGACAGGAUCCUAAACAAGAAGAUCAUUCUGGAGGGUCUGAAAGAGAAUAA